GGCGCGCAGAGCCUGGCGAGCUCGCGGCUGCAUCCCUGCUGGAGCCGGCUGGGCAGCAGAACCUCUUGGCUACGCUGGCUUUGGAGCUUCGGUGGAGUGAGGACCGUGGAGGCAGUCGCUGUGACGACGGAUCCAGAUGCACGCCACAGAUGUGAAAGCCAGGCUGCUGUCCUUGGAGAUGAAGGUCUGGAACUGGGACCCCCAGUUACCGGCGUGAAUGGGGGUUUGAACCAGGCUGCCCACCCCAAGAACAUGACAACAGCCCAGGAUGGCCAUGGACAAGGUGCCACCGCCACUUGUUCAGCCUCCAACCCGAAGGCCCCCAAAAUGGUGACAUCCUCAGCAUGUCAGAAUGGAGGCUGCAAAGGCAGCCCCAGCAGUGAUCCCGAAGCCGGGGAAGCCAGGCUCAGCCCAUCCAAGCUGGUACGUCUCUUCUCUGGUAGUCGGAAGAGGAUGAAUUCGAACACUGAGAGGCCUCGCUCCGUGGUCCUUGUGGGGAAUUCCUCCACGUGGAAUGCCCUGGCCUCCUUCCGUAAAAUGGGCUCUUUUAAAAGACUAAAAUCUUCUGUCCUUCAAGGAAUUCAGAACCGGGAGGGGGCAGACGUUUCCAAGGAGGAGCCAGCAGGAGACCCAGGAAGGGCUGCUCCCAAUGGCACCAUUGCCGUCCUGGGAAAGGGCCUGGGCAGGUGUACAUCCUUGGGCCCUCUAGGAGAUGGUGCUGGGUCCGACUGUUCAGACCCCGAGGACACGGAGGACGCCUUCCAGAGGAGCACACACCGUUCGCGCAGCAUCCGCAGGGCCUAUGGCCUGGGCCGCAUCAGCCUGCUGGACCUGGGGCGCCAGCCAGUGCCAGAGCCCGCCGUGUGUGAGAUCCAAGUUCGCGACCCUGAGCCCAGCAGGGCUGUGCCUCUGCCGCGCAGAAGCAAGAGCAUCGACAGCUUGAGCGUCCUGAAGAGCUCCUUCAAGCGCAAGUCUGCAUCCAAUCUCACGGAACUGCAGGGUGACAGGCAGGUUCCCCCCAGGACCCUGAGCAGCUUCUUCACAGACCCCGAGAAGCCCGGUGGCUCAGAGAGAAGAACCAGACGCUGGAGGAGCCCCAUCCGGGCUAAGGACUUCGACAGAGUCCUAAGACUGGUGAGCAAUGUCAAGGAUGCAGCUUGGAAGAGGGAGGCCCCCAGGAGUGCAGCCCCUAGCCCUGGUCCCGGUCCCGGGGAUGCGAACCCACUACAUGCGCCAAGAAGCAAGCUACACGACGACUACUCGCGCCGUACCAGCAGCAGUGUGGAGUCAGAUGCCAGGCGUGGCGGCUCUUUGUCCUCACCCUGCAUCCCUGCACCAUGCUCCGCUGCGCCCUACGCAGCUCCGGAGCCCCACUUAGAUGUGGAUACUGCAGUAUUCCCCCUGGAAACUAAAAGUGCUCAGCCACUGGGAAAUGAUGGAACUCGUGCCAGCAGUCCCUCACCAAUCCCCACGGACCCAGAAGGAUUAAGCCAAGGCUCCAGUGAGGCACAUACUGGCAGCCAGCAUCCCUUUGACCCCGUGCAGCUUCCCACUCCUCUGAGACCCACCACACCCAAGCCCCAAAGUCCCCAGAGCCCAGGGAGUACAAAGUGCCCCAGUAGUCUGAGUGUGCUGUCCCUCAGUUCAGCGGACAGUGAAGAACGGACCGAGGAUGCUUCGCACAGGCAACCGGGACCUGUGUCCCUCCAGGAUACUGUCCUCACCACCGCUGGUGAUGUGGGGGGAGAAAGCAGUGACAGCUAUUUUCCCGAGAAUCUCGAUGGCGCCACCAAUCCAGAAGAGAAGAAGGGAGAGGUCACGGUGACUGAGGAUGACUGGCGUCAGGGCUCAGCCCUGGAGGAGGAGCAGAAUGAGGCGCCUCGUAUCUCCAGGAGGAGGUGGGGCUCAGGGCGGCGCACUCGGCCACGACCACUGUCUGACUAUGGCCAGCUGGCUGGCAGAAGCUUGUCCAUUCCUGAAGAUGCCAUUGCUGCAGACCCUCCAGAUGAGGACCACGUGGACAGGAUGCAUCCAGAGAGUGUGACCACCACCAGCCAGGAUCCAUGCGCCCCCUCAGGCUCUUCCAGAGGAGGCAGGAGAAGGAGACCUAUAUCUGUGAUUGGAGGGGUCAGCUUCUAUGGCAACACCCAGGUAGAGGAUGUGGAGAACCUCUUGGUCCAACCAGCAGCCAGGCCUCCUGUGCCUGCACACCAAGUUCCACCCUACAAGGCUGUGUCUGCCCGCCUCCGGCCCUUCACCUUCUCCCAGAGCACCCCCAUAGGAUUGGACCGAGUGGGGCGGCGACGGCAGAUGAAAACAUCCAAUGUCUCUUCAGAUGGAGGUGCGGAGUCUUCGGCCUUAGUGGAUGAUAAUGGUAGUGAGGAAGACUUCAGCUAUGAGGUGCUCUGCCAGGCCAACCCUCGGUACCUGCAGCCAGGAGGGGAACAGCUGGCCAUCAAUGAGCUCAUCAGCGAUGGCAGCGUGGUCUGUGCAGAAGCACUGUGGGACCAUGUGACCAUGGAUGACCAGGAACUGGGCUUCAAGGCUGGGGAUGUCAUCCAGGUUCUGGAAGCUUCUAACAAGGACUGGUGGUGGGGCCGGAAUGAAGACAAAGAGGCUUGGUUCCCUGCAAGCUUUGUUAGGCUUCGAGUCAAUCAGGAGGAGCUGCCCGAGAGCUGCAGCAGCUCCCACGGGGAGGAGCAGGACGAGGACACCAGCAAAGCCCGCCACAAGCACCCGGAGAGCCAGCAGCAGAUGCGGACCAACGUCAUCCAGGAGAUCAUGAACACCGAGCGAGUGUAUAUCAAGCACCUCAAGGACAUCUGCGAGGGCUAUAUCCGUCAGUGUCGUAAGCACACGGGAAUGUUCACCGUUGCUCAGCUAGCCACUAUUUUUGGAAACAUUGAAGACAUUUACAAAUUCCAAAGAAAGUUUCUGAAAGACCUUGAGAAACAGUACAACAAAGAGGAACCUCACUUGAGCGAAAUAGGAUCCUGCUUUCUUGAGCACCAAGAGGGCUUUGCCAUCUACUCUGAGUACUGCAACAACCACCCGGGCGCCUGCGUGGAGCUGUCCAACCUCAUGAAGCACAGCAAGUAUCGGCACUUCUUCGAGGCCUGCCGCCUGCUCCAGCAGAUGAUCGACAUCGCCCUGGAUGGCUUCCUCCUCACACCUGUGCAGAAGAUCUGCAAAUACCCACUGCAGCUGGCUGAGUUGCUCAAGUACACCACACAGGAGCACGGCGAUUACAACAAUAUAAAGGCAGCCUAUGAAGCCAUGAAGCACGUGGCCUGCCUGAUCAAUGAACGCAAGCGCAAGCUGGAGAGCAUCGACAAGAUCGCCCGCUGGCAGGUGUCCAUCGUAGGCUGGGAGGGCCUGGACAUUCUAGACCGAAGCUCCGAGUUGAUUCAUUCCGGAGAGCUGACCAAAAUCACCAGGCAGGGCAAGAGCCAGCAACGCAUCUUCUUCCUUUUCGACCACCAGCUGGUGUCCUGCAAGAAGGACCUGCUGCGCAGGGACAUGCUGUACUACAAGGGCCGCAUGGACAUGGACGAGGUGGAGCUUGUGGAUGUGGAGGAUGGGCGGGACAAAGACUGGAGCCUCAGCCUACGGAAUGCCUUCAAGCUGGUCAGCAGAGCCACGGAUGAGGUUCAUCUGUUCUGCGCCAGAAAGCAAGAAGACAAGGCCAGGUGGCUGCAGGCCUAUGCGGACGAGAGGCGGCGGGUGCAGGAGGACCAGCAGAUGGGAAUGGAAAUCCCAGAAAAUCAGAAGAAACUCGCCAUGUUGAACGCUCAGAAGGCAGGACAUGGGAAAUCUAAAGGCUACAACAGCUGUCCUGUGGCCCCACCCCACCAGAGUCUGCCGCCCCUUCACCAGCGCCACAUCACUGUGCCCACCAGCAUCCCGCAGCAGCAGGUCUUUGCCUUGGCUGAGCCCAAGAGGAAGCCAUCGCUAUUCUGGCACACUUUCCACAAACUCACCCCCUUCCGGAAAUGAGCCUUACCCAGGGUGCACCUCUGAGGUACUGUGGGGAGGAAGACCAGCUUUGUCUCUUCAGCGUGAUGUCCAGGGAUGGUUUCUUGCUCAGUGCUGAACACUUCGUUUGGGGAUCGAUGAAGGGGAGAAGAAGUUGGACUCAGCUUUGACCUUGAAAGGCCCCAGCACCCUUGUGGAAGGAAGGAACCAUGAAGCACUGUUCUGUCCCACACUGGAAGCCGCACUCUCUGGUGGCCAUGAUAUAAGGACCAGGGCUUCUCUGCAUGGAGUCUGCUGACUCGGUCAGUUUCCCACUGAUGGUCACACUCCUGCUCCAGUUCCAAACAGUAUCAGGAGCCUUUCAGUCCCUCAGGAGCAACUACAUUGAGGACGACUUCUGUGUUUGAUCUUAAAGGAGACUCAUUGACAGGGCUUGGUAGGAUGUUGGCAGCCAUGGGAUGACCUGGGUCGGGUCAGGCCCGGAAGAACCCAUGAAGGAACUAGAGCCAACAGAGAGGUGCCCAUAGUUCUCCAAGGUGUGGCAGAUACCAAGCUAGAGUGCAGGUCUCAUCCUGCAAGGUUCCUUAUCUCAAGAGAAUCGGGAGGCACCUGCUGCGCUGGCAGUGCCGGGGAUGAUAGAUAGCAUUCUCGGGGCAGUGCCACUUUUCCAGACAGGAGGAGGGAAGGCUGCUGCCACCUGACUUGUCCCUUCAAACAGAGGUCACACCUUGCUCACCCCUCACAACCUAAGAACCUGCUGCCAUCCAUGGAAGUAAGGGUGAUGUGAAAUGUGUAACUUUGAUAAUGUGACACUGCAUCUUCAGCGGCCCUUUGUAUCACUGGUGGGAUGAUGAAGACACCGACAUCCACAGAGAAAACCAGGGCAGAACCAUCCUGCUUCCUGGGAAAAUGGACACACCUCUGUCACGUGACCCUGCAGCAGUAGUAACGUGGCUGUGCCAGGUGGAGAAUGGUGUUACUUGAUGAAAAUGCCUUUUAACUCGAUCAAAGGGAGACUGGUUCUUCGUUUUAAUCUGCACAGCGGGCUGGCCAGGAGGGGUCCUGCCAUGUGGCUCGUGUGAUCCUUUGGAUAAGCGUAUUCUUGUGUGUGGUUUUUUGCAAGGCUCUCGCCUCUCAUCAGUUCUUGCUAGAGAAUAAGCAAGUCUGAAGUGUCAGAGGUGAAGGUAGUGGUCCUUCAGCAUAGUUCACCGUGUCUCCACAUCUAUGCCUGAAACAAGUCACAUCACAGCUAAUAACCUUGAUCCUGGACCUGGGAUCAGCCUCAACCCUGCUGUGUACCCUGGCAUGGUCACUUACAGGCAGCACUGCUGGGGACUGUAGUCAGUGCUCCCGCAGCUGUGUCUGUGUGCUAUGAAGUGGUUCAAGUACACAGAGCAUGCGCCGUGUGUGUGUGUGUGUGUGUGUGUGUGUGUGUGUGUGUGUGUGUGUGUGUGUGUGUGUGUUUGUAAGUAACAGGGCAGUGGGGAGUGAGAGGGAGGCCUCCACUUCACUGCAUUUAUAUAACUGACAGGUUUGGUUGGUUGGUUGGUUGGUUUUUUGUUUGUUUGUUUUCUAAUAGAAUGUCAGGAUAUAUUUUAGAAACCAUACUUUGUGUACUUUUCUGUGCUCCAGUGCGUGUGUGCAGCAAUUCCCACAGUUGUGUUGUUACUAUGAAAAUUGCUUUAAAGAAGUGAAUAGUUGUUGGUCCUGUUCAUUUUCACUGUGGAUUCCUCUUGAGUCAGGCCUGCUGCAGGCUCCAUUUGCUGUUACAGCUGAUGACAGUGAAGAAGUAAUAGGUGAUGUUUGUGACCAGUCCUAAUAGAAUUCCCAGCUGCCCUAACUUCUGGUUCCCACCUACCUCCACAGAGCCCCCUAACAAUCCCAGAUAUCAGGACGUGUUUAUAUUGAGUAACAUUCAAGACCCGGGCUGGCCCCGGGUGAUUUUAUACAGCCUGAGGAAUGCUUGAUCAAAUAAAGUCUGUCCCAGGUGACUCUUACUUGGGAUUUCUGGGUGAUUUUGAAAACUAAUGUGUUUUUAAAAGAUGUAGUAGCCUUUGACUUUGUAAAACUCUGUAUGUCAGUAUGCAUUUUAUUACCAAAUACAGAACGUGGAGGGUGGAAGACCUUUAGUAGUUUUUAUUUUCAGUUCGCCCAACUUCCUUCUUGAUUUACGGCAUGUGCUCUACUUUGGAAGGAAACAACAAAGAACCUUCUACCCAAGUGACGUCCCCUCCCUCCCCCUCAACGGGCCAAAAAAUAUUGGUGAUUUAAAAUGUUGAUGAAUUUCAUUUGUUUUAUUUUUAGCAUACUUUUAGCAUUCCAGAAUUUGCUGGCUCUGUUCACACAUGAUAGAGAAGGCCUCCCUGGCUUAGAUUGUACCUAUAGCAUGUAGGCAUCGUGUGGUAUGUGAAAAGCGAUCGUAACACUUGAAGGUGUAGAGAAAGAAAGAACAUUCCAGCAGCUGAUUGGGCUCCUGUGAGCGUUCACUGCCGCCCCCUAGCUCCUGCCGCCUGCUCUGAUCUUCCUUGCCGCGUGGUAGAUCCACCUCAGGGGAGAGCCACCACCACCACUGUUUCUAACUACUGUGCCUUUUACUGUCCAAUCCAUUGAAGACUGAUUCCUCAUCCUGCGCCGCUGUCAUUACACGCAAAGCAGAAAGUGUGUUUAAUUCGGAACCUGGUUCGGAGCGCAAGUCUUUUUUUUUUUUUUUAAGCGCCAGCACUCCAGCAGCAUGUGUGUGUGGGGAUCUGGAACUGGAUUGCUGAUGUUUUUCUCAGGACAAGUCAGUCCUGUUUCCCAGCCAGAGUUUCCUGGAGCCAGGGCAUGGCUUCUGCAUUAUGGCUUCAACACAGAUAGGAAAAGCAGAAGUGUCCUCAGGCCAGUGCCAAGAAAUCUAAGUCACUGCCUUUCAGCAGCUGGCAGACAGGAUAAUAGGCACAUCGUGCCCACAGAUUGUUUCUUCUCAGGGUCCAGGGAAAGGGGCACUUGAAAGAUGCAGGACAAGUAAGUGGCAACCUCUAGGCCGUCUUAGAGAGGGGAAAGAAACAUCAGCUUCUAUAACGUAGGUAAGUUUGCUAAGCCACCCCAUGUACCUACCCCAUUAUUGCCUUUACUGUUCUCCUGGGCAUUGCCAAUUGUAUUUAGAAAGUACUUUGAGUCGCUUCUAUAAUUUAAUAACUGGUCCUCUUUUGGGGUACAUACUGGUGCCCACUGGGCGUGACUUGCCAAUUUUGACUAUGGUUUUGAUGAUAACGAAUCCAGGCUGCAGUGCUGUGGUCUGUGAGAGUCACGCUGCUGAGCUGGGGGGCUGCCUCUGACCCUGAAAUAGGACCCGUGUGCUAGACGUGCAUCUUGGCUGAAUGAAGGGUUUGUUGUUUUUUUGUUUUUUGUUUUUUGUUUUUUUUUUAAACUGUUAUUUGAUUUCUUGUAAAUGCUGUGAAUCUCUAUUUGUCAUUUUGUAUCUGUAUAUUAAAAUUAAUUUGCCAAGCUGA